AAGCGGUACCUCGGUGUACACCCUCGCGGCGCGUUACGUGUUCUUCAGGACUCCGCGAUCGGCGGCGACGUGCGACCUGGUGAAAUUCGCGGGUGACUGUGCGUCGUCGCGCACCCGCGCGUCAAGCCGUUCGACUCCGGGCGUCCGCGCGCCCUCGCAAGCGCGCUCCUCCACUCGUCGUCGCGUUCUCUUCGCGACCCCCGCCGCGGUACCCCGACACUGACGGCCGCCGACCGCCGACCGCCGUUGCGAAGACGCGGUUCCGACAAAACGUGGAAAAGCGGCUCGUGACUCGCGAUACAAGAGAGUCCGCGAGCGGUGGUGAAUCGCGUUGCGUCGGCGGCGGCGACAACGACGCGUUUUCCGCUUGUCACGCGUCGUCGGAGUGCACGCGAUCCGACCAGCAGUGACGCGAGUGACGGCAGCGAUCCACGGCGAUCGUCGUCGCGGGGAUCCAUCGCGGCGGCGGUGGAGAGCGACACGCGCUCGACUGGCUCGCCCGCGCCGCCAUCGAUCGCGAAGGUCGAGGCUGAAGGUCGCGGAUCGUCAUCUCCGCGGGUUAUCUACGCGCGUCCGCCGAAACUCAGUGAUCCGACCUGACUUUAUCCCGGCGACGUCGGUGCGCGCGCGCUCGCCCACGGAACCGUGGUUCCCGCACGAGCUCCCGGGUUGUUAGUGCCGCUGGUGUGUACCCUAUACGGUGAAUCGAUGACAGACGAGAGGAGAUCGUGGUGACAAUCGGGACCCCGAUACGCGAUGUCGCGGUACAACCGGACACGUGACUGAGGCGGAGCAGCGGCGCGGGAUCCGGCGAGGGAGCCUUCGCGAAGUUCUGAUCGGGGCACCAACAUCGGAGCGAAGAUAGGCGGGGGUGGCCGCCGCGGGUGGAUCGAGCUGGCAGCGGCUGGGUUUCGCCGCGACGUGCUACUAGGAAUAACAAUGUCCUAGCGAAGGCAGGAUCUCGUCUCUAGGCCGAUCCCCCUCAUCCUGAUCCACUUCUCUUCCAGAAACCUUCACACAUACAUACACAUAUCCCGUCGGUCCUGAUCACCAACGCGCGCCGCGUGUGUAUAUAUAUAUAUAUAUAUAUAUACAUAUACACCCGACCUAUCAUCAUCGCGUCCUACACCCGCGCUCGUGCUGCUACAGAUUCGACUGCACACACAUAUAAUCGGCCCCAAGCGCGCGCGCACACAUACGUAUACGUACAUAGACACGGUACACGGUAUAGAGACGUACGUUCGUGUACGCGCGAGAGGAACGUAAAAGAAAGAGAGACUUACACCCACGCACAGACACACCGCUGUUUCGACGCCCCUCUCCCGCUGUGUCAUCCUUUCCGUGUUUCGUUCUUUAUCGUCGAUAGUCCGACGUAUCGUCGCGUCGCGACCUUUGCACGCAGGAAAACGUGGAAACCCGCGCGCGCGGGCGGACACCGGACACGGACACGUUAUCUCGGAGACGGGCGCGCGAGCCUCCCGAAUCCAGCCAAGUCCAAAGUCCUUAAUCCCGUGGGGUGAUCCUGGCCCCGCCCGUACGCGAAGGAACCACACCCCGGCGAGCGAGAGAGCGAGAGACCGCGAGGAGACCGGGAGGAGGAAUUCAGGGUCCGGAUUUAACAGGCUCCCGGUGAUGACAGCGACACAUUGCGGAGGUUAAAGUGCCUGUCGAGAACGGCGAGGAAGUGGCGAGGUUCGUAAAAAUCGGCAUCGGGGGCGUACGAUCCGGGCAGCGGUAGUGGUAGCGGAGCGGCAGGGGUACUAUGGGAGCGGGGGUAUGGGGGGCGGAGGAGGGCUACAAGCCACGGACCUCCGGCGAAGGCUCGAGUUCCAGUGUACCGGAGGAACUUGUUCGCAGGGUCUGCGGUCCCUAAGGCACGACAGCUACCAUGCUACCGAGGAGAACGCCGCUUGUGACGACUACGAGGACAGGAGGACUGACCACGAAGCGAUCCUCGCUUCCGGUCAGCCUACCUGCACAGGCUGCCGGCGAUCGUAUAGGCGCCAGGAGAGCGAAACGGUUGAGAAAAAGGAGACUCUGAAGCGACGCAUGCCCGAAUCGGAUGAGAUCGGUGCGGUGUACCGGAAGCUGCGGCUUUGCCUGGGCCUUUUCGAGCACGCGAGUAAAAACGAUGAAGCGGAAGAGGACGAUGAGAAGAAGAGGCAUCGGUUACGGUGGUGUCGCAGGGGCGUCCGACGAGUCGUGGAAGUGGCGACAAGAGCUCUGCUCCUUGGCAUCGCGCUUCUCGUCACGCCAGGCCUCUGUCAACAAGACGCGGUGCACAUCACGGCUAUCCUCGGAGAGAGUGUUGUCUUCAACUGUCACGUAGAGUUCCCCGGUGAGCACCCAGUGCCCUACGUUCUCCAAUGGGAGAAGAAGGUAGGCGACACGGAGACACCGAUAUACAUAUGGUACGAGUCGUAUCCGACCCACAGUGGCGAAGGAUACGAGGGUCGUGUCUCGAGGGUGAGCGAGAAUUCGCCGUACGGCCAGGCUAGCCUCAAUCUGACGAACAUCCGCGAGAGCGAUCAAGGAUGGUACAAGUGCAAGGUCGUCUUCCUCAACAGGUCGCCCAACAGUCACAAGAACGGUACCUGGUUUCAUCUAGAUGUCCACGCGCCACCCAGAUUCAGCAUAACGCCGGAUGAUAUGAUAUACGUGAAUCUGGGCGAUGCGAUAAUACUCAACUGCCAGGCUGAGGGUACUCCGACGCCAGAGAUCCUUUGGUACAAGGACGCGAAUCCGGUCGAGCCCAACGGUCGGGACGUUGGGAUAUUCAACGACGGCACCGAGCUCAGGCUCUCGACGAUCAAGAACGAGGACAUCGGCGAUUACACCUGCAUCGCCAGGAACGGGGAGGGCCAGAUCAGCCACACCGCGCGCGUCAUCAUCGCUGGUGGAGCCGUUAUUAUGGUGCCGCCGACGAAUCAAACGAAGCUGGAAGGCGAGAAGGUGCAAUUCUCCUGCGAGGCAAAGGCGCUUCCGGGUAACGUGACGGUGCGCUGGUUUCGCGAAGGCGCCCCGGUCACGGAGGUCUCGGCCCUGGAUACCAGAGUGUCCAUCAAGAUGGACGGUAGCCUGGUUAUCAAUCCCGUCAGCGCCGAUGACUCCGGUCAAUACCUGUGCGAGGUCACUAAUGGCAUCGGCGAUCCUCAGACUGCUAGCGCCUAUCUGAACGUCGAGUAUCCGGCGAAGGUCACGUUCACCCCCACUGUUCAGUACCUGCCGUUCCGUCUGGCCGGUGUGGUCCAGUGUUACAUAAAAGCCAACCCGCCCCUGCAAUACGUGACCUGGACCAAGGAUAAACGCCUACUCGAGCCUUAUCAGACGAAGGACAUCGUUAUCAUGAACAACGGCUCCCUGCUCUUUACACGGGUCAAUGAGAAUCACCAAGGCAGAUAUACCUGCACGCCUUAUAACGCCCAGGGCACGCAGGGCAGCUCGGGUCCGAUGGAGGUCCUCGUGCGGAACCCACCUGUCUUCACCCUCGAGCCGGAACCAGUGUACACGAAGAAGGUCGGCGAGACGGUCGAGAUGCACUGCGACGCUCAAGAAGCCGACGGAACGCAGAGGCCAACAAUACAAUGGCAUCGGAGGGAUGGCGGACCUAUCCAACGCAGUCGCGCGAAGACCGUCGGGGGCAAUUUAACCAUAGAGAGCCUUCGACGGGCGGAUUUCGGAUUUUAUCAGUGCGUCGCCUUCAACGAAGUCGCCACCAUCUCAUCCUCGACGCAAUUGAUCGUCGAGGGUACGCAACCCCAUGCACCUUACAACGUGUCGGGCACUGCCACACAAUUCGCGGUAACGCUAAUUUGGUUACCAGGCUAUUCCGGUGGUCCCGAUUACAAACAAGAUUAUACUAUCUGGUAUAGGGAAUCGGGAACUUCGGAAUGGAAGACAAUCCCCGUGACUCCAUCGGGCAGCACAACGGUGACGAUCAACAAUCUCACGCCUAGCACGCUCUACGAAUUUCAAGUGAUCGGAAAGAACGCCCUGGGCGAGGGAAUGCUGAGCAAAGUCAUCACAGUCAGGACGCUCGACAUCCUUGAUUACAAUAGUCUCGUAUUACCGACUGAUUCCACAGGAAACCCCGCGUUUCCGCCAAUCAUACGACCGAAAGGACCAAAGCCAGGUACUCCCCGGAACCUCACGGUGACGGAAAUCAGCAACGGUUUCCUGAUAACCUGGCAACCUCCUGUGGAAAAAGCCCAUCUUAUCCAAUACUAUACUAUCAAGUACAAGACGGACGGACCUUGGAAAACGCUCAACAAGGGCCAAAUACGACCCGAGGAGACCAGUUAUUUAGUGAAGAACCUGGUCGGUGGUAGGACCUACUAUUUCCAAGUGUUCGCCAACUCGGCCACGAAUUACGGCGCGAGCGACCAGGUGAAGUUUCCCGUGCCGGCUCGUGUUAAGCACAAAGCGAUCACCGCGGGCGUCGUGGGCGGCAUCCUCUUCUUCCUCGUCGCCAUCAUCCUCAGCAUAUGCGCGGUGAAAAUAUGCAAUAAACGGAAGAGACGAAAACAGGAGAAAGAACUGCUUUCAGCGUAUAAUAUGGUGGCCUGCCGGGUCACCGACGCCAGGAACGGCGCAGGGCAGGGGCCCCAGGGAACAGUGCCUUUGAAAAAACCUAGAAAAAGCCGAGUACCAGGUUUAACCCUCCUGAAGGAGAUCCUGAGCCCGGAUACCCCGGACUCGUGCCGCUGUCGUCCGCUGGGCAAGAUCUCCCGCGCGGCCGACGGCCGCUUCGUCGUGGCGGACUCGGUUCUCAGCUCGGCCAACAACAGCAUCCUGGACGUCUCCAGCAGCGACGACGGUGGUUUCCUGCCGAAGCAGCGGCUCAAGUCGUCGUGGCGACGCCCGCUGGUCGGCACCAGCCAGCUCAGCCUGAGAUCCGACGGCAGCGGCGUGUCCAUAGGUCCCCUGCCAGCGAGCUGUCACCACGGCAUUGUAAACCCUUUGGCGAGGAUACCGCCCGCGAACGUUUGCACGAUCACGUCACCCAGAUUUCUGGCCAGUUCGCCGAGCGGGGCACAGGUCCCCUGGACACCUUUGUACUUCAGCGAUCUCAGCUCCGUCAAGCAACCAUCCUCCGGCGAACGUUCCUUCCCGACGCCACCUGGCUACCUCCAGCUUCGCAGCGUGCACCAGCGAUACAGCCAGGAGUUACCGUCUCUAAAAGCGAUCCACGCCGAGUCGAGGCGGUUCGUGCCGGUCCAGCCGUUGGCGACGUCCUCGCCGCCGCAACCGGCCGGUCGACCCAGGGCGCGGUUACCGCCGAGACACGCCAGGCACGCGAGAUCGGCACCGGAACUCGCUGCCUCGCCCGACCUGGAGACCUCGCCCGAGAGCAGAUCGAGCAGCUCGGGUUUCGGCAGCAAGAACACCUCGCAGCAGAACCAGAGCUCGAGAAGCGGUAGCACAGUCGCUGAAUGGAGGCCGCCGCCUUACAGACCACCCCCGCCGCCGUUGGUGGGCCGCUGGCUCGAGCUUCAGGAUCAGGUCAAGAUUGGGCACACGCACAUACAAAACGCCGUGGACGCCGGCAGCGUUGACGGCCACUACGAGUUCGAUCCGGUGUCGUGCACGCCGACCCCCACGUCGGCCUCGACGCCUACGCGGGAGGAGAGGCCACCGAUGCAUCAGAUCCAUACAAUUCACGUUCCCCACAUCCAUCAAGUGCACACGGUACAUCAGCAAGCGCCGAGGUACAGCAGAGAGAACAUAGAGGCCCGGGUACAAGCGAUGAAGGCGGAAUUCCAUCAGUUCCGGCAGAGACAGGCGAGAAGACGACAGAGCGCGCAUUUGGAAAGCGCGUGUUGAAGGAAUCGAACAACUCGAAGGCGAUCCGAACGAUCGAUUCAAUUUCAUUGGGGCUGCUGCACCGCGAGUCCAAUGAUCGAGUUGAAACGAUUGGGAUGGUUGCCGAGUUAAAUACAUAACGUGCGAGACAAAAGUAAAUUCUUAAAAGAAGAGCUAAGAGAAGGAAGCUAGAUAUAUCGCUCGCGAUUAGAUUUUGGUACUGGCUUUUGACUACCGUAGAAGAUCGCGCGUUUCAGCACGGCGACGAUAAAAAAAUGUGAUCAUCACCGAAGACCAACCACCGCAAGCACAACGAGGAUCAUCAUCACACGUGAUUCCGCAUUUAGAGGAAGUUUAAGUCAAUUCUAGUAGCUGGACAUCCAUCUACAAAAGAAGGCUGUUAUAAGCAUCAGCUCAGGAUACAUAAGUUUCGCACGACCACGAGACGGGAGCGACGUAGUAGAACCGUACGUUAAGACGAUAAUCUUUCGGAGUUUCGCUCGUUUUACCGAUUAUAAGAGGACCGUUCGAGUAUCCCACGGGGGAAAACAAUCUCGAUAUCAUUUACUCGGGGGGGGGGGGGGGGGGGGGCUAAAUCCAGCGACGUCGAUCGCGCUGGGACGAGAUAAUAGAAAAACGAAGUGCGUUAAACGAAAAAUGUUCGAAUCCGAUUAUUAUUGGUCAUAUCCCGCGUACACCAACCACGCCUAUGUCCGGUUUAGAGGACCGUGAUUUUUAACGUUACUAUAUAUAAUAAUGUAGAGGAACAUACGGAAGGAUUCACGGGGGGACGAAUAGGGGGAGGACGCUUUUUUUUAAACUCAGUGAAACUGUCCUUUAGAGCUAGGAAGUGCGCAGAAGAGAAAGAAACACUCCCGAUUGGCUCAAGGGGAUGUCAUACGUAGCGGGAUUCUCCCCGUUAUUAUCGCGAUCGGGGACGAAAGAUGACGAGAAGGAGGGACAGGAAAGCGAAAGAACGGGAUAGUUACGUCGGCAUGAUACUCCAAAGAAACUGUACCACUGUACAUGCUCCGCGUAUACCUUUUAAAUAUAAGAUUAAAUUUAAUCGUACGCUGUAAGUAAUAAUUAAAAACGAAAGAAAAACAAAAAAAGUAAGAUAAUCGAAGAAUUACCACACACUCACAUAUGGACACGUACACACACAUACAUCAUAUACAGACACAUACAUACACAUAAAGUAAUUAUAUCGAUGAGCAAUGGACUCGAAACGUGAUAUUAGGCCGAAGCUUGCCUCGAGAUUGCUUAAGGACUCACUCGUACUGCACUGCCUGUUUAGGGUUUCGCUAGCGACCCAACAUAUUAUCGGCACAAUAAUUUUUCUUAAGCAACGUAAAAAAAAAAAAACGAGAAUAAGAAUAACGUUCUUCGAAUCUACGCGCGUUCGGCCAAUGUAGCGCGGCGAUUGUGUGUGCGUGUUCACCACGUGUGUCAGCCCGUGUGUGCGGGGUGACACGCUGGCUUUACCGCCUAUCGGCACACCGAAGUUCACCGGUCGUCCUUCUCGAAUUAGAUUAGCGACGCGCGAGCACGCGUAUCGACGAUAAACGACGUCGACCGGACACUUAAAAAAAAAAAAAAAAACAAAGAACAAUGAAAAUCAUUAGGAAAAAAAAAUCUUUCAACUGCCAAUGAUAAGGAGGUCCGACGGUGCGUUCGAUUCAUUUCGUACGAAGCGUCGAUUAAAUAAGUAACAUUAGAGCAAUUAAGUGAAGAACGACGACCGAUAGAGACGCAUGGUCAUCAUCGCCGGAAGGCAAGGUGCGCGCGCGCACACACGCGCCAAUCAAGCCGAAGUUCGUGUGUAAUUAGAGAAACGAAGGAGUUUUAAAACACGGAAGCGUACACGUCACACCUACAUACAUAUAUAUAUAUACACACACACACACGACGGACACGAUUAAAUACAAACACGCUCAUAAGCGACAGAAACGAAACACACAGACGCGCACAUAAUACGAGAAAGAGAGAGAGAGAGAGAAGCGUUCUUCGAGACCCACCUAAUUCUCACCAAACGCAUCGGAUCAUCUUGAAUCACGUGAGAUCGGGGGCCGGUGAUCGCCGAUCGCGACGCGGGGGGGUUCUCGGGCGAAUCUACGGGCUAAUCAGUGUUGAGCUGCGCGACCUAACGCGAGAACGUGUGCCCCUUGGCGAGGGGGUAACCCGGCGGCGCGCUCGUUCCUCUUACCCUUUUUUUCUAAUUUUCUCUACACGUGCGACCGCGAAGGCACCUCCCCUGCACGUGGGAUCGGCCCGGCCCGCGACUCCCGGCGUUUUACUUUCUUUAUAGUACAAACACUUAUUUAUAUAUACGUACAUAUUAUACAUAUUUAUUAUAAAUAUUAGCAAGGGCCCUACUCACGAUUCAACUAUACUUCGACGAACCGUAGACGGCGAGAGGAAGAGGAAGAAGAUGAGUAAGAAGGGAGCGGCGUGGACGUCAUCGAAGCGCUCUAUACAAUUUUCGUUAAGAUGUGCAUGCGUUAAGAUGUGCGUGCGUAACGAAGCCGAAUCCAGACUAGGCGAACAGACGAGCGCGAACAAACGCGAAUGAACAGCUUGCUUCAAUCAGCGCGAGUGUUAAUAUUCGCGAUACCGUUCGCACUUAUCGAACUUGUUCAUUCGCGUUUGAUAUCACGCUCGGCUUGAAUCCGGCUUGACGUGCGAGAAAAGAUGAACGUGCGAGAAUAACGUGUGGACGAGUGAAUGGAGUGCGAACGAAUAUACAUAGAUUAAAAAGCUAGAUCCAGAUCGAGCAAAAGCGAGUGCGAACAAACGUUGAGUGAAUAACUUGUUUCGGUGAUUGCGAAUAUCAGGGAGCACAUGGCGGCGCCAUGUUCGCACUCAUAGAAGCAAGUCCGUCUAUUCUUUCGCGUUUGUUCGCGCGCACGUUUGCUCGGUGUGUUUUCGGUUUUGACACGUGAGCAAAUGCGGUUGUUAAGAAAAAAAAACAGAACAUAAUGUAACAUACACGAUCCCGCAGAGAUAAAAGAAUAAGAAAAAAGAAAUACGAUAAAAGUUAAGAAAUAACGGAGGUGACACGAAAGAGUACCAAUAUUCUAAAGUAAUUCUAAUGGUUGAAUUAAUAAUUUGAUAAUUAAUUGAUAUUGUAAAUCGUAAACGACGUAGCGUGUAGCGUAUUAAUCAACGAGAGCGACGAACGCGGCGAGUAUUCAUUAAUUAUUAUAUCCGCGCGGGAGUAUUACGACGUGAGAUAUAUACAUACGCGGAAGGACGGGGGAGGAGGUGCUGAAGGACUCGCGCCGGCAGAAUGGUACCAAUUUUUAUCGUCAAUCGCGUAAAAUCGUUAAUAUGUUACUAGCGAUAAAACGUAUAUCGGAUGCAUGAGAUGUGUGUAAUAUUGGGGAUGAGAAUAGAUCUCUCCGUCGAGUCAACGUUCACCGUUAGACGUUGGGGAAAACGUUUUUGAUAACGCGAUGAUAAUACACGCUUCGUAAUCGUACAUUAUAGACACCCUCUCCCCCUUCUGGAUGGAUGCAGCAAAAGGAAAAAUCAUGUAAGCGAGAGAAGGCGAUCCAACCAACGGACUUGUAGAUGUAUAAGUAACGUGUAGAUAUAUCAUAGUUAGAUACACACAACGAUCUCAAGAGGUCAUACAGUGUGAACGAUCGCGAUAAUGUACGAGAAUGAGAGAGAGACAGAGAGAAAGAAAGUAUAAGAGAGAAUGAAAGGAAGUAUGUGAGAGAAGAGAACGAAGAAAUGAGAAGUAAAUAAAAAUAGUGAGUAACCAAAAGAGAAAAUUUCGAAUGAUUCUUCGCGUUAUCUUUGAGUCUAUCAGGCAGCGUGGAAGGCUCAUACGAUAAAACGAAUAUGUUCGAAACACGUAUUCGAAAUACGAGGGAAAUGUAGGGAAAUUGUAAGAUUGUGAGAGAAAGUACUGUAUGGUUGUGAGAGAAAGAGAAAGAGAGAGAGACAGAGAGAAAGAGAGAGAGAAGAAAAGAAAAAUAAAAGAGAAAUGACGAUUUCGCUUGAAACGGCAUAUUUAUGGAUAAUAUGGUUGAAUCGUGAAUCUGUUUGUAAAACUUUAUCACCGGUCACGACGGUUUCGUUCGUCCUGUGUUCCUUCUUCGCGACUCGUGUGGAUGAUUUACGUUUGUCAUCGUCAUCGCGCACUUUUUGCGUUCGCGAUAUUCGUCGUUGUAUCCUUCUCCGCGUUGUCGCACACGCGUGUAACUCGCGCGAGGCCGCGAGCGACCGCCGUGAUUCGUGGAUUAAUUAAUUAAUUAAGCGUUUCGUUCGUUAUGUACCUGAAAGCCAGUCGCGGUAUCUCGGCUUAUCGCCCGAGAUCGCUCGAGCGAAAUUCUCGGUGAGCCCUCGAAGCAGGACGUUCGCGAUUUUGGAGAGUCGGCGAUUUUUCGCGCAUCGCGGACCACGUGUGCAACUUAACAUUCGUCAUGCGGCGUACGCUUAUUUCGCUUAAUGAGUUCAUGUACAAACUGUAGAUAGCCAUAAAUAUAUUGCGUAAAUACAUAAAUCGCGAAAGUUUUAGCUAUACUAUUUAUAGCUAUUAUGUCAUAUAUACGAGAGGCGAACGCGCGAUGGCGAUAACCCGUAAUAUUGCAUUAGAUAAUCGCGAAAAAAAUUUACAAUAGCUCGCGAUCUCAUCGUUAAAUCAGCUCGUGUUAAAUUACGAACGCAUUCCGAAUGCAUUUCCCAUGAAACUUUGAAAAUAUUCUCGACGUAGUUCUGCAACGAUAAGUAUUCGAGUCUUCGGCAUAUUUUUUUGAAUUACAAAGAGGCAUAACGGCGACGAUGCUGCUUCGAGGUUGUAGUUUUCGCGCGUGAGAGGUGAUAAUUUGACGUGAAAUUACAUGCUAGUGUCAUAAAUAUUCGCGAUAUCACACGGUUGGAUAUGAUAUCAUCGCAACCUUCGGUCGCGUGUAAGACACGUGCGAGUCGAAUUCAAUGGCUCUCGGGUACUACGUUCUGCUUGGAUCUGCGACCAUCCAUUACGCGCUUCGGCUUAUUUCAGAUCUUGUAUAAUAUAUGAUAUUUUCUUGCAAUAUAACGAAUGUCGAGAACGUUUCCCUUUCGCAAUCGAAUAGCAGAUCUAUGCGCUCUCGUGAAACUUGGUGAAAAGAUCGUCGCGGCUCCAAGCACGGCUCUCAUCUUCAAGUGCUCUCUCGCGCCAUCAUGCACACCGCGGCAACAAAUUGCUGUGUUGCAACAAUAUUUGUUGCGCCGAAAUUGAAUUCGAGGGAAAAAACGAGAUAGAGCAGACAUUUUUUUUCUUUCCUUUUCAUUAUUCUCUCAGUCUACUGUUAAUUUGUUUCUUGUUGACUCAUCAGAAUGUACCUUCACACACACGUAAUUAAUCGUUAAACCUUCUCACCGCCCGACAUCGAAUCGCUUCUACACACGCAUGUAACGUUCUUCUGUACCGUCUGUAUCUUCACUUCCGCUUAUUCUCGACUGUAUCCGCCGUCGGGUUUGUACACGGUACGUUGAACUGUUUCGUUGUCACUUUUGCGAAUGCUCGUUGUUCACCUCCAUUACCCAAGUUUGAUUGAUUGAUCUAUGCUUUCUCGCGAACCCCCCACGAGAACUCCAAGACGUACUAACUUAGGACAAAUUGUAGACAAUUUAUUAUUAAUAAAAUGAAAAAUAAAUCGACAUUUGAAACGAAA